AUGGUUGAAGCAAUAGAUGCGCCACCACCUCCGACGCCGACCACACCACAAGUCCAGGAUAUCUCCCUUCACGGCGACGACCCACCGCCUCGUUACAUUGUCAGAGAAUUCCCCGACCUCUCUCCACCGUCAACCCACAUCCCCGUCAUCGACCUCAGCCGACUCCUCUCCGGCAAGGAGGACGGCCGGGAAGAGCUCGGGGAGCUCAAAGCAGCUCUCACCUCCUGGGGUUGCUUUCAGCUGAUUGGACACGGGAUCCCAAGUGAACUCCUAGACGAAGUGCAAGCAGCAUGCAAGCAGUUCUUCCGGCUCCCGCCGGAAGAAAAACAGACGUGCUUCCGGCCUGAAGACGACAUAGAAGGAUAUGGCAACGACCCAAUUCUCUCCGACCAGCAGGUCCUUGACUGGAGCGACCGUCUGUUGCUAAAGCUCGUCCCCGAGGACACCAGGAAGCUUCAUCUCUGGCCCACCAACCCCACCCAGUUCAGGAAAGUGGUGAGCGGAUACUCUGACGAGCUGAAGCGGAUCGUGGAGGCACUGAUGAAGGCGAUGGCGAGGUGUGUCGGUCUCGAAGAGGACUGCUUCCUGAAGCAGUAUGAAGGCAAAGAGAUGAUGAUGUCAAGGUUCAACCACUACCCGGUCUGCCCCCGACCCGAUGUGGUUCUCGGGGUCAAAGCUCAUUCGGACGGGUCAGGCAUAACGGUUCUGAUGCAGGACGAUGAGGUGGAGGGCCUCCAAAUCUUGAAGGACGGUCGGUGGUAUCGAGUGCCCAUCAUUCCCCACGCACUUGUUGUUAACGUCGGCGAUCAAAUGCAGAUAAUGAGCAAUGAAGAGUUUAAGAGCCCGAUUCACGGAGCAGUUGUGAACUCUGAGAGGAAGAGGAUAUCCCUGGCUGCACCUUCUAUUCCUCACGAUGGUAAUGAAAUCGAACCGGUUGAAGGUUUGGUCAGUGAAGAAAGGCCAAGGCUAUUCAGGAAGGUAAAGUACAGCGGAAGUAUUCACCUUCACCACUAUCCGAGUGGAACGAGAAUGAUUGAUGACGCAAGAAUUUAA